ACAGCCGCUUGUAAAGCAGGGAGGAAGCUGUUCUAGUCUAGUCUCCUCGCCUUUUUAUUUAAAGGCAGGGCUGAACUGCUGCCCUGCACCCCUCAGAUUUCCAGUCCCUCCCCUCCCUUUCCCCGUCCCUAGUCGCUAGGACAGCGGAUCUGGAGAGAAGGGGCUGUAUUGGGGGGGGCAGCUUUGGGAGAUUGACCGACUUUGGAGUUUUAGAUGAGCUCUUAGUCUCCUUUCUCUUCCCUCCCUCCCCCCACCCCCAAGUCCCUUGAGCCCAGUUCUCGCCAGCAGCAACCUCCAGGUGCACCGUUCAGGCAGGAGAAGGGGACACUACCGGCUGCAAUGGCGUCCAACAUGGAUAGAGAAAUGAUACUGGCUGAUUUUCAGGCAUGUACUGGUAUAGAAAAUAUUGAUGAAGCUAUCACCUUACUUGAACAAAAUAACUGGGAUUUAGUGGCAGCUAUAAAUGGUGUAAUUCCACAGGAAAAUGGCAUUUUGCAAAGUGAAUAUAGUGGGGAGACUUUACAAGGAACAGUGUAUGGUCCUGGUAGUCAUCCAUCCUCCACGUCUUCAACACCUUCCGCAUCUUCUGCAUUUCGUCAUGUUGUGCCAUCUAGACAAAUAGUGGAAAGACAGCCACGGAUGCUUGAUUUCAGGGUGGAGUACAGAGAUCGGAAUGUGGAUGUGGUACUUGAAGACAGUUCUACUGUUGGGGAUAUCAAACAUAUUUUAGAAAAUGAACUUCAAAUUCCCACAUCAAAAAUGUUGCUAAAGGGUUGGAAGACGGGAGACGUAGAUGAUAGUACUGUUCUAAAAACUCUACACUUGCCAAAAAACAACAGCCUCUAUGUCCUAACACCUGACUUGCCACCACCAUCCUCAUCAAAUUUGCCUGGUGCCCUGCAGGAAUCAUUAAAUCAGAACUUCAUGCUGAUCGUCACCCAUCGAGAAGUCCAGCGGGAGUACAACCUCAACUUCUCAGGAAGCAGUACCAUUCAGGAGGUUAAGCGAAACGUUUAUGACCUGACUAGUAUCCCUGUUCGUCAUCAGUUGUGGGAAGGCUGGCCUGCUACUGCUACAGAUGACUCAAUGACCCUAGCAGCAUCAGGGAUAUCUUAUCCUUGCCAUCGACUUACAGUUGGAAGACGAUCUUCUCCAGCACAAACCAGGGAGCAGUCAGAAGAGCAGUGCACAGAUGUACACAUGGUUAGUGACAGUGAUGGAGAUGACUUUGAAGAUGCAACAGAAUUUGGAGUGGAUGAUGGAGAGAUGUUUGGUAUGGCAUCAUCUGCAUUAAGGAAAUCUCCAAUGAUGCCAGAAAAUGCUGAAAAUGAAGGAGAUGCCUUAUCACAAUUCACAGGAGAAUUUUCUUCAAGAUAUGGUGACUGCCAUCCAGUAUUUUUUAUUGGGUCAUUAGAGGCUGCUUUUCAAGAGGCCUUCUAUGGAAAAGCCAGAGAUAGAAAGCUUCUUGCUGUCUACCUCCACCAUGAUGAAAGUGUGCUAACCAAUGUAUUCUGUUCUCAAAUGCUAUGUGCAGAAUCUAUAGUUUCAUAUCUUAGUCAGAACUUUAUAACCUGGGCUUGGGAUAUGACAAAAGAAGCCAACAGAGCAAGGUUUCUAACAAUGUGUACAAGACAUUUUGGUAGUGUUGUAGCGCAGACUAUUCGAACUCAGAAAACAGAUCAGUUUCCACUUUUCCUGAUUAUUAUGGGAAAACGAUCAUCAAAUGAGGUGCUGAAUGUAAUACAAGGUAACACAACGGUGGAUGAGCUAAUGAUGAGGCUGAUGGCUGCAAUGGAGAUCUUCAGUGCUCAGCAGCAGGAAGACAUAAAGGACGAGGAUGAACGUGAGGCCCGAGAGAAUGUGAAGAGAGAACAGGAUGAAGCUUACCGAAUUUCUCUUGAAGCUGACAGAGCAAAGAGGGAAGCACAAGAAAGAGAAAUUGCAGAGCAGUUUCGUUUGGAACAGAUUAAGAAAGAACAGGAGGAAGAACGUGAAGCUAUUAGGCUAUCUCUAGAGCAAUCUUUGCCUCCAGAGCCAAAAGAGGAGAGCACUGAAUCACUUAGUAAACUACGUAUCCGAACACCCAGUGGAGAAUUCUUUGAGCGACGUUUCCUGGCCAAUAGCAAGCUCCAGGUCGUCUUUGAUUUUGUAGCUUCCAAGGGAUAUCCUUGGGAAGAAUUCAAGCUACUAGGGACUUUCCCCAGGAGAGAUGUGACCCAGCUGGAUCCAAAUAAAUCAUUACUGGAGUUAAAAUUGUACCCUCAAGAAACACUUUUCCUAGAAGCAAAAGAAUAGAGGAAGCCAGACUGGAGGACUAAGAAAUCCUUUGAUAACGAAUGAGGCACGGCGAACGCUUUAUCCAAAUCACCGUGUACUACCAUUUAACUCAAAAAUCAAUGUCACAACUCUGCCUCUUUCAAGAAGCCAGGAAGAAAGAAAGAAAAAACAUAGAUCCUUAAAAGUUUCCCAUACAUGAGUAUAUGUUUUCAACUUCUUUUAAACAAGCAGAGAAAAAUACUCUGCUGUAAACACUGAACACUAUGACUUUGUUGCUCACCUACCAUCUGGCUUUUGUUAUAAUUAAUGCACUGUUAAAAUGUGAGUGAUUGUCAAGUAGAAUUUUUACUCCUUAAUUACUCCCUCUUUUUCACCAAGAAUUCUUGGACAUUUCUGCCUGUACUUUUGACACUAGAAUACUGUAUAUUUGAUAUCUUGCUGAACCAGUGCUCUCAUACCUGUGCAUCUUCUUUCUGUGUUUGAAUUUCUACUUUACCACCUUUUUUUUAAAGGCAGAAAAUCAAUAAAUGGGACAUUUUCAGCCUGAUGAUUUAACAGUAUUGUAGUUGUAGAAAGCAGAGACCUCUUUUGUUGGUACUUUCUGACUUCUUUCAUAAGAUGUAAGGUUUUGUUUGGAGAAUAUAGUUUGACAUAUAUGCAAGAUAUUUAUUUUCUGAUUUUUAUUUUUUGUUUUACUUUGGAUCUCAGUUCAGAUCCAGUUUAGGGAGUAUUUUCCAUUACACUGCAGUGUGCUGAACUGCUGAUGAUGUGAAUAUCUCAAUAAUGUUCAGAAAUGGGCCAGUACCAAAAAACUGGCAUUUAGCUGACAGUUUAGAAUUACAUUGAUACAACUACCAGCUUCUAAAAAUGUUACAAAUAGAAGACACAAAAGUUUGUUGCUCAUCAUUGUGGAAGAAAUCACAUCCCCAUUUCUUUUUUCUUUCAUUUCUGACAUUGGUUUGUAUUAUUUUUUCUGUUGCUUUUAAGCACCUUGUUUAUUUCAGCAAACAAUAAAAAUGUAAAAUUACAGUAUAUUAAGAAAUGUUCUUCAUUGCAGAAUUUGAUGAUUGAUCCUUUCUGAGAAAUGUAUACCUUUACCCAGGGAUCUGUUUCUGUAGUCUAAAGUGUAGAAACCAACUAUACUUGCCGCAUAAAAUUUCAUCCAUGAUUUUGUAACUUUUUUAGCAGAACUCUAGGCUUAGAGUAUAGUGUACAAAAGCACCACAGAAAUAUCAGCUAGUAAACAAAGCACUUGUUUUCUCUGUGUUUGUCUGCAAUUAAUUCAUGUUCUUUAUUCCAGUAGAUUGUAUCCCAGUUUGAAGGUUUAAGAACAAAUUGCAAACAAACUUAAACACAUCUUCAGUCUUGUUCUUCCUUUGGGAAAGGUGAAGAUAUGAAAUCAACGUGGGACUAUUAUUAGGUGUUUAGUGGUGCUGAUACAUUAUUUUUUACCAAAAAUGCAAAAUGUGGAGGGAAGUGGGGGAAGCUUUACUAUCUCUUACAAUAAUUCUGUUAGUGAAUACACACAGGACAUAUAUUAGAAGAAGUGGUUUAUUCAUGUCAAACUCAAUAUGUUUGUGUGUGAUAUGUUUUAAUCAUCUACGGGACACAAAAACUCAUCACAUUGCCAAAGGGAAGAUAAAUGUAAUGGAAAAAACAUUUUUUCUUAAGUGGAAACUCAGAUAACAAAUUUAAUAUUUUUUCUACAUGUAAGCAGGAAAAAAGAAAUCUAGCUGAAGUGUGAAAUGCUAAAAGUCCCAUGGUUUUCAGUUAGUGAAAGUAAGAAUUCAGAGAAAGUUAGAGUUACAUUGAAAUCAGCAGGAGUCAAAAGUGCUUAACUUUGGUUGUGUGACAACUAACUUAGCAGCCACUUAGCAGUCCCAUUAAAAUCCUUUAAAUUAUUGUGAAGCAAGUGUAAUUUGCUUGGCAUUAGCAGGCAUUUGUAAAAGUUAUUUUCAAUGGUAUUUCAUUUCAUUUGUAAGUACGCUUAUGUUGAGUGCACUUGCUAAAGUGUUAAUACAACAUUGGCCUGAAUACAGAGUUAACUAUCUGCAAAUAAGAGGAUUUCUUUUAGUGGAGGGAACUAAGAUACAGUGUAGUUUCCCUGUUGGAAGGGGGUAUGAUACUCAUUUUCACCAAUUCCUUCUUUUCCCUAUAGUUUCCAGCAGUGCCUCAUACAUACCCCAUCCCUCUAGACCAAAUUUUCAGAGUAAGAAGAAACAGAAAAUUGGCUCCCCACUGCCACCUCCUUGUGUAAUCAAUUCGUGGAGUUCUGUUCUGGGUCAAGCCCAGUUUAUGGGAUAUUUAAAAGUUUAUUUUGCAUAACCUCUUUCAUUUGGAGGUAAUCAUGCUCUCUGCUCUUGCUUAAAUUUCUUUCUAGUAUUUUGGUUAUAUAUUCAUUACAUUUAUGUUUGUUUGUUAAAUGUAGGAUAGUCUCUUUUAAAGUAAUUAAGCACCAUGGUACUAUUUUAUGCAUCCCAACCUCAGCAUUUGUUUACUAAUUUCUUCUCAUCCUGAAGAAGAAACUGAAGCCAUAAUUUACAAACCACACUCUGGAUGGACUCAGUCAUGGACUCAGUCACUGGCUUCUAUGAAUGUGUUGUUAAUGUGGGUAAUCCAUAUAACCAGGGCACAAAUAAGCCUUGAUGGUUGGCAGGAAUGCAAGUUGUUCCAGAUUUUUUAAACAUUUUGGUGCCCUUGAUCAGCAUUUGUGAACACAUUUAUUUUGUGUUAGUGAAUGUACACAUCCAACAUGAAAUUGGCUGCCAAUUCCUGUAGUGCCAAUCCCGUUUUAAUUUUGGCCAUGUAAAAGUGCUUCACUGAUAUUGUUGUUUUCUCUGAGUCUGUGAGUCUAUUUUUGGAAGACCACAAGAACAUUUACUUUCCUACUAAAAUAAAACAUUGUUAAUAUAAGGUCAAUUCCCAAUGUUUGGAUUUUUAAUGUUUGACUCUAUUUUAAAAAAUUAAACUGUGAUCAAAACGCUUCGCAAAUAUGGGCGCACAAUGCUGCUUGUCAUUCAUGUAGCAAUAGUAUUUUGUAGGCAAUUUUAUAUAUACCCCUUUUCUGUCAGCUUCAUAACAGUCAUAACUGCAUUUUCUCCACAGAUACCAAUUCACCAGCCCUUUGUUUUCAUUGUAUAAGUUGUUCCUUCACCUAACUAUUACACUGCUGCUAUACAUCUUAUCCUGGUUAGACGUCAUAUCCUGGACUCCACCUUUACAUUAUUCACUUUCAUAUAUUACAUUAAUAUGAGCUCCUUCAUAUUAAUGUAUUAUCAUUAAAGUUUUGAAUGCAUUAGUAUUAUAUAUUAAGGCAUUACUGUUUUCAGUUAAAGAAAUCUUGCAAUGAACUUUUCUCUUUUGACUACUACCCCAUUCAAUAGAAUGGGAAACUGAGAAGCUCUUUUGGCAGCAGCAACUGCAGCUUCUGAUGUACCUCUGCAUUUUGACAUUGCUGUUUAACCUGGUAUUAGAGAUUAUGCAAAACCCAAGUGUCUCUUCUGUGUUCUCUUCACAAAUGCUCUUUACAUUUGAUGGGGUUGAGAUUUUUAUGGAACUGCCUUUAAAAAAAAAACAUGUAGCAGAGCAGGACUAUGGCUUUCAUAAAUUGUACCUUUUAAGUGACAUUAGAAACAUUAAAUAAAUUUGAAAUUACACUAAAAUUUCUACUACAAUCCAAUUUACCUUUGUCUUAAAAGAUUAUGUCAAUGUACUUUCAUUCCUCUGUAUGACUAAGAAAAAUAAAGUCUUAAUCCAGAGGUCAAACACUGGAUAGCCCAGG